CAGAUCCCAGAGAAGGUCUUCGAGUACGACGUCAUGAGCGACGCGCCUCCGUCGGAUCUCAAGAAGAUCAAAUCCGCCGCGAACGUCGCCAACGCCACGUUCCGCAACUUCGUGGAGAUCGUGUUCGAGAACCGGGAGCGGAGCAUCCAGACGUACCACGUGGACGGGUACUCGUUCUUCGCGGUGGGGAUGGAGGCGGGGAGGUGGGGCCUGGAGAAGAGGAGGAACUACAACCUGGUGGACGCGGUGAGCCGGCACACGAUCCAGGUGUACCCGAACUCGUGGGCGGCGGUGAUGACGACGCUGGACAACGCCGGAAUGUGGAAUCUGAGAUCGGAGAUGUGGGAGAAGACGUACCUGGGGCAGCAGAUGUACUUCAGCGUCCUUUCUCCGGCGAGAUCUUUGAGGGACGAGUACAACUUGCCGGACAACCAGCUUCUCUGCGGCCUCGUCAAGGGCGCCUCCAUGCCACCGCCGCACACCAUCUAAUCAGAUCGGAGCUUAUAUAAUUAAUUACAUUUGAAUUUUUAAGAAGAUGAUGAUUAAUUUUUUUAAAUUCAAUUUUUAAAAUUCUAUGCUUCGAUUGUGAAUAUUAUAGUUACUCCCUAUUAUUAUUCAAAAGUAGGAGGGAAAGGGAUGAUGGAUGUAAUUGUAAUUAGUGUUUUGUAGUGGGGUGUGAACGAAAAAUUACAAAGCUGGGGGAUCACUCUGGCAAAUUUGGCGUGAAUUACUUUUUUUAUAUACAGAAAUUAAGAAUAUAUAAAUGGGGGAAAUGAACUGGUCUCAAUGCCCAAUCAUUUAUGCAAAUAUAUUGUGGUAAUUUAG